AUGGAUAAGCUACAGAAGAUGAUCUUCGAGAAGUCGGUAGUGAUCUUUAGCAAGAACUUGUGCUGCAUGUCUCACACAAUUAAGACUCUCUUCUUAGACUUUAGUCUGAACCCGACAAUCUGUGAGCUAGACAAGAUCAACAGAGGAAAGGAGAUAGAGCAAGCAUUGGCUCAGCUCGGCUGCAGCCCCACUGUUCCAGUGGUGUUCAUGGGAGGGCAGCUCGUAAGUGGAGCCAAUCAAGUUACGAGUCUGCAUCUCAAUCGCUCUCUUGUUCCAAUGCCUAAGCGCGUUGGGGCGUUAUGGCUUUGA